AUGUCCAGUGGAUCUACGGGUGUGACAUUGAGGAAGAAUCAAAGAAAACAUAUAACAACAGUGGGUGAGGACUAUUGCUGCUGGUGUAAGCGAUGCUGCGAACCAUUUCAACGACAUGUUCAUAGCAACACUCAUCAAAAACAGAUAGCAGAGCUUCUGGACAAACAAGCAACACAAUUGUCGGAUAUUUCGAAAUGGAUUAAGAAGCCUCAGUUACUCAGCCUUUCAAUCAUGAAAUCUGAAUGUCCAACUCAGAGCACUCAUAAUCAAAAAACACUAGAAUGCAUGUUUUGCAAUCUUAUUGUUCCAGUCAAGCAAGAUCCUGAAAAAGAGUUUCAGAUUGUAGGAAAGCAUAUUUUGCAGCACUUGUGUAGAAGCCAGCAUAUUUGGAACGUACAUGAGUUUUUUCGUACCCACCGACUCAAGCCAGAAUUAAAAUCCACGUUCAUUCUACGAGGCAAAGUAUUUGAACAGUUCAAGACAGAUGCUGCUAGGAUCUUGCAAGCAGCCGUCAAAAAGCAUGCCGCAUCAAUGACUGUUGAAAAUGACACAUCGUUUAUUGGGCCACAAUUGUCCAAUCCAUCCGCAGCUGUAUUUGGCUCAGCUGCUGAUCUGACACAUUCAGAGAGUCGUAAACGAAAGCAUUUUUCCACUGUUUCAAAUCCAAGAUCUGUAGAUCGAGAACUGGGUCAUGACUCUAGUUUACCGCUGUAUUGUGUCAGUUUUGGGUCAGAAUAUCCAAUCAAGAGACGAAAGCGUAUUGUUAUUGCCAAGAAUAUUUAG